GAUAGCUUUAUUUUGAAAGCGGAAAACGGAAAUGCUUUUUUCUGUCAAAUGGUAGCAAGAUGGCGCUGCCCAUGAAGAGGACACUGGUCGCUCUACACAGAGCCAGAUGUAGCAGUUUGAAGAAUGCCGAGGCGUCCGUGGACCUGCGGCCUCCCGGCCCGCUCUACCUGCCGGUCCGCACCAAGAAGCGCUACUUUGUCCCCCCUGCGGUGGGGCGGAAGGGCCAUAAGCAGGAGAACCCGGAGGCCAAGGCCCGGGCGGCCGGCAUCGUCAUCAAGCAGCAGUACUUUGAGAGGCCCAUCAACAUCGCCUGCACCGCGGGAAUCUUUGAUCCCUACGUCCCCCCGGAGGGCGACGCUCGUCUGUCCACUCUGUCCAAAGAAGGCCUGAAACAGCGAACCGAGCAGAUGCGACAGAGCGCUUCCUCGCAGCUAGCGAUCCGUAAAAUCAAAGAUCACGACUCUGAGUUUGCGACAAAGAGUUUUGCAGAGCGAGCUCAAGAAAUCUUCACGGAGGCCCACGACGCGCUGACGCAGUUCAACAAGGAGAAGCUUCACUCCCUGGUGACGGAGCGGUGUUAUCCCGAGAUGACGAGGGGGAACCGCUACAAGACGAUCAGCUGGAGGUUUGUGGAGUCCCUGGAGCCGCCCAAAGUGGUGCACGCCCGCUGCCCUGACAUGGUAACCAAGGGCAACCUGUACGGCCAGGUGACGGUCCGCAUGCACUCCAAACAGAUUCUGGCCAUCUACGACCGCUUCGGGCGCCUGAUGCUGGGCAGCGAGGAGCAGUCGAAGGACGUCCUGGAGUACCUGGUGAUAGAGCGACACCUCGUCAACCCCUACGGCCGAUGGAGGCUGCACGGGAAGAUCGUUCCGUCCUGGGCUCCGGCCAAAGACCCGAUUAUUAAGACUCUCAUGAUUCCCGGGCCGGAGCUGAGGCCGGGACAGGAGUUCGACGCCCUCAACCACGAGGUUCCCAAACCCGAGGCGGUCCAGUGGAGCAAAUAGGCCACAGGGGGGCGCCGCUCGCUCUCAGGCGCGGAGCCACACUGGGACUUUGUGAGCUCUCAUGCGCCAAACGCAGAGUUUAGAUUUCCGGCUGUGGCCGGUUAGUUCGGCCCGUUGGGUCGAACCUUCCUUUUUUAGAGGCUCCGAUCUGUUUGAGAAGCAGCAGGUGAG